AUGUUUACCCGCAAUCUUGAUCCGACUUCGACAGUGGUCGACGUCAACCUCCCUUUUCGUUGGGUUCCAGACACCUCAGACCUUCGGAGCAUGGUAAGGUUUAGAAUGGCCUUGUUUUACGUUAUUUUAGGUAUGAAUAAUGUAAAAUUUGCUAUUUUCUUUGAUUGCAGAGCUCCCAAUUUACUCUCUCCAAGUAAUUCGUCUUCUUCUUGACCAGUAUAGACUUCAGCGCCUCCGAACUUUCUGGACAUAACAAAGCACGCUCAGAAGUAUCCAAUCCAAGUCGACUCGCCAUCAGUUUUAUGUGAGUUCCGUUUCAUUUUUUUGCAUUGUAUAUUUAGAAAGAACGUAGAAUUUGAUGAAAUCACUUGAACAGAGGGUGCAGCUGGGUAUUGUAUUUUUUCUCGAGCUACGUCCUCUGUACCUAUUGAUUGUCCUUGUUUAUGAGUUGUUGACCCAUCUUAUUUACAGAUUUCUUCGCAUCUGCACACCAUCUUCACAGCAACUUCGCUUCGAUUUCCCUUCUCCAACUUCAGUUCAAACAUCGACCAUUGUUCAUCCAUACAAAGGACACCUGACCUCGACAAUUGACACAGCAAUUGGACGGCAUAAUUCGGCAACAAAUGGUAUCGGUAAUCGUUGUAUUAUACCUUGUGUUUGUCAUUCAUAAGAUUUAUUAGUUUUUUUUAUUGUAAAUGAGGUUAGUUGUAGUAAUCGGAGUUUUUUGCUCUAUGAAGGGUGGAGAGCCUUCAUAAAAACGAGAAGUAGGACUCUAUUUUCGUUGGGUGUCAAUGUUGUGGUCACAGUAGGCAGGGAGUCGGGGGUCUCGGACCUGUUCGGGUCUUGGAUGUCGGGAGGGUUGACCCCUUCUUACACUUGGGGCUAGUACCGGAGGUCGAGGGCGGGUAAUCGGAGUACCCCGGGUAUUCCGUUGACCCGGCGCUGGUGACCAACGGUGGAACGGGGGCUCUACUUUCACUAGUCCUUGUGAAAGUGCUGGGAAAAGUGGGAAUGGACGUUGGGGUAUCGGUUGUAACACCAAAAAAGUUAAUAGUAUAUAGCGACUUGCCAUCCCCUAAACCGAGCGGAGGCUGUUGAUGUGGAAGAGCGAUGGGGGGAUUGGAUGUUCAAGGCCUUUGGCCAAAGUUAUAAACCCGACCUAACCCAGUGGUGACGGCUGCUUCGGAUAAAGCAAGCUGGAGCCAUCGAUACGCCGCAGAGUUCGGUAAUUGGUGGUGCCGAGACCUGGGGCGCUCGGCCGAAGUCCUCAUUCCCCUCCGAGCAGCCAUGAGCAGGGGCCAUGUGGCUGGCACGAAGUUAAGGCGGGUCAACGAGGUCCCCAACGCGGGUAAUGUAGCGAAAGCUCGCCUCUAUACCGCGGUCGUGCGCUAUGGUUCCGGCUGAAAACGUCCCACGGGCCAGCCACGGGUUAUGAGGUCAAAAAACACUAUUCUUUUUUCAGCUUCACUACGGUAAGUUUUCGGAGGAUCGUGCGGGUAAGUUUUGAGCAGUACGUUCAAAUUAGGGGGAUGGCAAAGUUGCAUAAAAUAUGCAGUUUUGUUUCUAUGUUACAACCGAUACUCCAGAAAGUCGUCCCACUUUUCCCAGCAUUUUCGUACAACAAGGAGUAGUGAAAGAAGUGCCACUGUGAAGCUGAUAUAAGCCACGACCGGCAAUACGGAAAUACCGGCCGAAACGAGAAGUCCGCCGCUUGAACCGAGCGGAAACACCCCAGUAUAAGUUAGGAUAGGCCCUCCUUGGCAUCCGUGGCUCCGACAGAAAUCCAGACCAUGGGGUCUACAUCACAAAAAGUGAUGUAGGCACUGGGGCCAACUUUGUUUGGCUUUAGGGGAGUGCUCCCUCCCUACUGUGGCCUCAACAACGACACCCAACGAAACUAGAGCCCUAGAAUAUUUUUACAUUAUGCCUCAUAUUAUUAUAAGGCAUCAUAGAUUAUUAUCUCCGAUUUACUAUGACUAACUCAGUAGACUUUGGAUGAUGUUGUAAUACUCUUAAAUGUACUUUGCAGUUAUUGUUAAUUGUUAUGUAUGUACUACUAUACAUUUCGAUAUUGUUUAUGCGAUAUAUUACUGUGAUUUGCUAUAUAACAUUGUAAAUUUUGUUUUUACGUUGUUAUCUCUGCUCGCUCUAUGAAUUUCUCACACUCUUUUUUCGGAAAAAAUAAUUACAUAUUGGUUGUUGUACUUUCUGCGGAUUUAUGUGAUAUAUACUUGCCUAGCGUGCAAAAUUUAGAGCAAAUCUGAGCGUUGCGUUUCGAGCAUUCCCUCAAGAAUAUAAAAAUUAAAUUAGCUUUUCGACGCGUGUUCAUUCACUUCCUUUAUGAAUUUGCAUAAACAACCCUCCGAAAAUGCGACGAGAAAAGGAAGGGAGCGCAGCUGCCGCCGAGACCUCCUCUCGCUCCCAUUAUAUUCCUCAUGCACUUCGCAAAUAGACGCCAAGGUAGGGUGGAAAAGGGUGCCGAGGGAUUUCCAACGUAAUAACAUGACCGGGCGUUCAAUUCUUCCUUCGAGUUUGUUGUCUAAAUUGAUGACUUUGUAUAAAUUAAAUUAGUAGAGGUCAUAAAAAUCGCGUGGGGAAGUAAAAUGUGAUUUUAUUGGCAUGUUUACCUUUUACGGGCCGAUUAAAGAGUAGUUUGAUGUGUUAUAAAGUAGUGGACUGUUCGUGGAAAAGGUCAGUAUUUGUUGUUUUAGUUGGGCGUUGAACUCCGAAAUGGCGAAACUUGUCAAUAACAAUGAUUUCAAAGGACGUAAGCGUUGAUUUUUGCCCAAAACGAGCCAUUUUAAUCAAGAAAUUUUAUAACGAAUAAUUUUUUUUUAUCACAUACGGUUCGUUGUUGAGGGGGUUGACUCUGUUUUACGUCACAAAAUUUUUAGUUUUUUCGCUAAUUCAAUUUUAUUUUUUGUCUGCAGCAAUUCCCGAUCUCAUUGCAUUUCUUGAUUUGAAUGCCGACGGAUUCAGAUCGCCCGGGGGCGUAAUUCGGAUUAGUCAUUAAUUUGCGUAUAAAAUCGUGUAACUUUUUGUAGUCUUGCGGAGAUUUUCCUUACAUUCUCCAUUGCAGAAUCUUUCAUUCUUAUGAAUACUGUCGCUCGAAGCCCGUUGCCAAAAAGAGUUGGCGUCAAAAUUCGACCUGUUUCUCGACUCGACCAUAGCUUUAAUUUCUACACCUCGAAGUUGGAUGGAUAUCUAAAAACUUUGGAGAUUUUCAAGUUGACCAUUCUGCGGAAUGUUGACAGCCCUGAGCUGACUUUCUAUGUCACCAAAAUUGAGUCGAUGAAGACGAGUGUUGCGGUUUUUGAGACAGCACAGACUGACGUUUUGUUCGACGAAGAGGCGCAGAUUACCAUGGAUUUAUAUAAAGCAAAAAUGAUAGGCCAUCUUGAUCGUUUUAUUCGAGGGUUUGACAUCGUCCAGCGGCAAAUGGAGCAGUCAAUUGUGGAUCAGUACUCGGUUUGCCGAUUGGUGAUUGAAAGAAGGAGACAAGAGGGAAACAGUGGAACGCUGGAAUCGAAGCUUCAAUUUUUAAAGGUAAGGAAAAACAUCAAACUUUUGGUCUGCAUAGAAAGUGUCACAAAUGUGAUGCUGCUUUCAUUUUUUUCUUUAAAAAUUUUGCAAACAAGUAGUGACAAAGGGCACUUACUUAUGAAUUCCUAAAGUUUUUAGCUUGCGCUUUGAGGCGCAGCGGAUUUAAUCAAUUAUUUUUGUCGAGGAAGAUGGGCAAAAUGCGGAAAACAGGCUUUGCCCUGUCAAAGUUUGUAUAGAAAUACCCGAUUUUUUGCAGAAACUAUAAAAAAACGGUCACUGUUUUGCCAAUUUUUGACCUAUGGCGGAAUGAUUUGUGUGGAAAACGUUGCCUUCUACGGGUAGAAAUCAUUUUGAAUUUUUUGGCUAACGCCAAAAGGGGCCGGUUUCUGAAAGAAAAAUCUCGGUUGUUUCUGCAAAGCGCGGACUAGGAAUCUAACAAAAAAAAAAAUAAAAAAAAGAAUACGUAUUGGCAAAUUAUGCUCUAAUCGUAAGUUUUAAAUUGUUUAGUGUCAGCAACGGCUUUGCAAGUCGAGCUUUUUCGCUGUGAGAAACCAACGUUCAUACACGAAGACGUAUUUUAAAAAUAAACUUUCACGGCAACCGUAUUUAAAAAAAACAUGUUAUUACACCUCUUUGGUGAAUAAUUAAGCCACUUACAACUGUUUUCAGCAACUCUCCGAUCAUUGCCAGCCUCUGAUUUCCAAGUGGAAUCAACAACAAGAUUCGUUCGCCAAAGAUAUUACACUUGACUUUUUGACAACAACAUUGUUUGAAGCAACAACUUUGAUUCCAAGUUUUGAACAACUCAUCAAAACUGUCGAUGCUGUCGACGCCAAAAGGCGAAAAACCGCGCUCAUGGUUGGAUUAGUUGUAAUAGAUGUUGUGUAUUUAUAUUCAAAAUAUUUUAAAUAAUUUUUGUACAAUAAAAAAAAUCGUAUUUUAAAAUUACGUGUGCAAAAUUAUUGGUUGCUAAAUUUUGGGUAUAUUUUUGUAGAAUUGUUGGCCACUAAAGAAUUAUUUUUUUUAUAUUUUUUGUUAUCAAAAAUUAUAAGAAACGCGACAUUUUGCUUCCUUAUUCAUUUUGUUGUUUUUCCAAUUCGUUUCAAAAAAACUCAAAUUUUCGACCUAUUAAAAUUAUUCAUUUUUUUCAAAUUUUUCAAACCCGUAUAUUGUAAAAAAAAUUUUUUGAAGACAAGACCAACCUAUAAUUUGCCAGUUUUAACCAUUUUCAGAGCCAAGCCAACUCUAGGCCAGCUCUGUAG